CAAAGAAUUUCAGAGCUACAAAAUUAGAACAUUCAAUAGCCUAAUCAAACAAGUCAAAUUUACCUUAUAAAGAAACAAUGUCACAAAGUACAUUAAGAAGAGCCAUUGGAGCAGUGAAAGAUCAAACAAGCAUAGGCAUAGCAAAAGUUGGAAGCAGUGCCUCAAUAGGUGAUCUUCAAGUAGCCAUUGUUAAAGCAACAAAACAUGAUGAAAAUCCAGCUGAAGAAAGACACAUUAGAGAGAUUCUAAGCUUAACAUGUUACUCACGAGCAUUCAUAAGUUCUUGUGUGAACACACUCUCUAAACGUUUGAUCAAGACAAGCAGUUGGACAGUUGCUUUAAAAACACUUGUUUUGAUUCAAAGGUUGUUGGCUGAUGGUGAUCGUGCUUAUGAACAAGAAAUAUUCUUCUCAACUCAACGUGGAACUCGACUUCUUAACAUGUCUGAUUUUAGGGACAAGUCUAAGUCUAAUUCAUGGGAUUAUUCUUCGUUUGUUCGCACGUACGCGCUGUAUUUAGAUGAGAGGCUUGAGUAUAGGAUGCAAUAUAAGCGUGGAAGAAGUGGUCGGUUCGCGUAUGAUGAAGAUGAGGAAGAACAAUCAAGGGAAAGCAAAAGAGAGAGAUAUAGAGAAAGAGAUAGGGAUAAAGAGAUUGUUGUGAGAUCUACUCCGUUGCGUGAAAUGAAGACUGACGAUCUAUUUUCCAGAAUGCAGCAUUUGCAGCUGUUGCUUGAGCGAUUUAUGGCUUGUCGUCCAACAGGUAGAGCAAAGACACAUAGAAUGGUGAUAGUGGCACUCUACCCAAUUGUGAAGGAGAGUUUUCAAACAUAUCAUGACAUGACAAGCAUACUAGGUAUCUUCAUCGAUCGUUUCACUGAAAUGGAAGUACCAGAAUACUACAAGGUUUACGACGUUUUCUGUCGCGUUGGAAAACAGUAUGACGAGCUAGACUUGUUUUACAGCUGGUCUAAAAGUAUUGGCAUCGGACGUUCUUCCGAGUAUCCAGAGAUUGAAAAAGUCACAACGAAGAAGUUAGACCUCAUGGAUCAGUUCAUUAGAGACAAAUCUCUCGUAUCACAAGCAAAUAAGCUGAUUACACAAGAAGAAAAUAAUGAAAAGAAUGAAGAAGAAAAUGAAGUAGAAGAAGAUAUGAAUGAAAUCAAAGCACUUCCACCACCAGAAGGAUUCAAUGAGGAACAAGUAGAGGAAGAGAUAAAAGAACAAGAUCAAAAGGAAGAAGAAAAAAUAGUGCAAACAGAAGGUGAUUUGUUAGAUUUAACUGACAGUAUGACAAAUCAAGAUUAUGUUGGAAACAAACUAGCAUUGGCAUUAUUUGAUGAGUUACCAAAUACAACAAGUAAUACCAUACAAGCUCUUCCGUGGCAUGCUUUUGAUGAUGUAUCAGAUUGGGAAACAACACUGGUUCAAUCAAGUACCAAUUUGCCUAAUCAGAAACCAUCAUUAGGUGGUGGAUUUGAUACAUUGUUAUUGGAUAGCAUGUAUAAUCAGAAACCAUCUCUGCAAGGAAUGAAUGGUUAUGGGAGUGCUAGCAGUGUUGCAAUAAGGUCAGAAGCAACAAUGUUAGCAUUGCCAGCACCACCAACAUCAAGGAAUGGUUCUCAAGAUCCAUUUGCAGCAUCAAUGCUUGUAGCACCACCAGCUUAUGUUCAAAUGUCAGAGAUGGAGACGAGACAAAGGCUAUUAGCUGAAGAACAAGCAAUUUGGCAGCAAUAUGCAAAAAAUGGAAUGCAAGGACAAGUUGGAUUUGCAACACAGCAACAACCUAAUAGUAAUUUCUACAUGGGAGGGUAUCAACAAAAUCAUUAUGGGAACUAUUAUCAUUGACUAGGAAGAAUUCUUCAUUAGUUUGUACUAACCUAUGAAGUACAGACUCAGACACAGACACGAAACACGAUACGUCAAUACCGAUAAUAGUUUGAAAAAGGACAUAAUUCAAUGUAAUCAUAUAUGUCGGUAUAGUGUCGGUACCAGACACGAUACGUAUCCGACACCGAGACACACUUAAUAUGAGGAGUAUUUGUGUUUCAUAGGUACCAACCCAACUCCCUCUCCCUCCCCCACCUUCUCCCCAAGGUGAAGUAAAAUGUAA